UUCUUCUUGUCAAACACCACUCACACAAACAAGAACACAAAGAGAGGCAGAGCAAAAAUCCCAAAUCAUUAAAACCCAUUUGCAUAAUUCCAAUCCCCUUAACCCUAAAUUAAUACAAUCCUACUGGAACAAUCCCCAUCAUUUUCACCAUUUUAUCACAGUUUUGUUCUUGUAACCCCUUCUUCCCUACCUUCGUUUCCCAUUCUUUAUAGUUUUCAGACGGGAUUUCGUUUGGUUAACUGAAUGCCGAGUGAUCUUGAAGAUCAUAAGCUGUUUCUAGCAUAGAUCCUCAAGGUGAUUUCGAAGAUUUAAUGCUGUUUCUAGCAUAGAUCUUCAUAUAUAAAGAUUGAAGCUUUGUGUUAUGGAUAAGUUACAGUGGGGAAAUAGAAAGAGACUGAGAUUCGUAAAAGUGAAAGAGUCGACAGUUAUGAAUGGAAAAUCUGAUGGAAAUGGAAUUAUUGUGAAGAAAAAAAUCACAUCUCAACGCGUUGAUCGAAGGGUUGUUAAUGAACAAGAUUCUCAUCAUCCUCUUCCCCCUCUUCAUGCUUCAUCUCCUCAACGUCUCAACAGGAAGAUAAUGUCGGCGUUAUCCUCGCCGGAGAAGGAAGAUCGGUACUACACAACACGGGGAUCCACCGGCGGCGGGUUUGUGGAGGAGAGUAGCAGCAGCACGAAGGCGUUGAUUGUGGAUACAAAGGAAGAGAGCAAAAAGGUCGUUUGGCCUAAACUUUUUACUACAUUAUCAAGCAAAGAGAAAGAAGAGGAUUUCAUGGCUAUGAAAGGGUGUAAACUGCCUCAAAGACCGAAGAAAAGAGCCAAGAUUGUUCAAAGAAGCUUACUUUUGGUAAGUCCAGGUGCCUGGUUAUCUGAUCUAUGUCAAGGAAGAUACGAAGUUAGAGAGAAGAAAGCAUCUAAAAAGAGACCAAGGGGAUUGAAGGCGAUGGGAAGCAUGGAAAGCGAUUCGGAAUGAGAUUUGGGGGAAAUAGAUGUGGAAUUUGGGAGGUUUUUGGUUUAGGGUUUGUUAGAAGUGGGAGAAAUUUGUUUGGUCUUCCCAAUAUAUUUUAAUCAACAUGUGUACUUUAACAAGUGGCAAUUAAUAUUUUAAAUUAUUUUA